AUGCGCCUCUACGCCGCCAACGGUACCCCAAUCACCGUCUAUGGACAAACGCUGCACGAACUGGACCUCAGCCUGCGGCGUCCAGUCCUGUGGAACUUCGUCAUUGCAGACGUUGGUUCUGCCAUCCUGGGAGCGGACUUCUUGCACCACCACGACCUCAUGGUGGAUCUUCGAGGGAGGUGUUUGAUAGACAACAAAACGAAACUACGUGCUCCAGGAAAUACAGAUCAGACUAGCGUGGAAACCAUCCGCACGUUUGACGCCACUUCCAGCAUGUCUGACCUACUUCGUAAGUACCCGCAACUAACCUCUCCAGACCCUCUUGGUACCACACAACACAUGGGAGUAUCGCAUCGGAUAGAGACCACCGGCAAACCUGUUUCCGCUAGAGCCCGACGACUUGCUCCGGAAAAGUAUGAUGCUGCUAAAGGAGAGUUUGAGGCCCUUAUGCGACUCGGCAUCUGUCGCCCGUCUAAUAGCUGUUGGGCCAGCGCUCUCCACAUGGUCCGGAAGGCGGACGGUACCUGGCGUCCCUGCGGUGGUUAUCGCGCACUAAACGCACAGACCGUCCCCGAUCGCUAUCCACUUCCGUAUCUGCAAUAUUUCACGAUUCACCUACGAGGAUCCCGCCUACAAGAAUACCUGUGA